AUGACCCUCUGGAGCAGCAUAAAACCAUUCUGGCCUCUCCUCUUCACCUUCAUCCUCCCGCGAGCGCUCAACUACUACCGGGCUCUCAAAGUUGCGUACCGAACACGACCCCCGCCACGGCCUCUGGACAGCAAAACGACCCGCGGUCUCAACGCUCUCUUCGGAUCAAUAUGCACGUUUCUCUACGCCUCGUGGCCCAACUUGAGAGGCGAUCUCAGCGAGCAUAACGUCUUCGUCAUCACGCAGAGCCGGCUGGGCGUCGCGACAGACGUGCUGUUCCAGAGACUAGCGCUGCUGAGGGAAGGAGGACGGCUCAUCCCCGUGGACGAGACGCUGCGGUCGAAGCUCACGUCGCCGGCCCUCCGCCAACUGUACCUCCGCUUCGGCCCCUCGACGCUUCUGGGCUGCCAAUUCUGCCACGCCGACGACCCGUUCUCCUACCUCCUCUACCAUCUCCCGACGAACACCAUCCUCCCGCACCUAUUCCACAUCUUCACCCUCGGGCUCGCCACCUCCGAGACGCUCUCCGGCUACGAAGCCAGCACCUGGCGGCACGGCACCGUGCUCGGCGCCCUCGUUCUUGCGGGCCUGGACGUGUUUCUGACGACGACGUACGCGCCCGUGGUAACCCCUACGACCACGGCCCCAGCGGGGACGUUCUGGAUCGGGUCGUCGCUCCGAUACCUGUCGCUCGUGGCCUUUGACGCGGCCGUCGCGUUUCUGAUCUACGCCUCGGCCACGCGGCGGUUCUAUCUGUUCCCCGCGCUGGCGGCAGCAACCUCCGAUGUGGACGCAGACCCCGAACUCAGCAGGCGGAGGACCGAGGAGACGGUCACGCAGGCGACGCUGGCGUUGCAGAUGGCCGGCACGAAUCUGCGGGCCUACAGUAUUGCGCGGAAUGCCGUGGUCAGGAAUCCCGGCUUGAAGGCCACGGAUGACGAGUACUGGCGGACUGCGGUGGCGAUGGAGGGCGGCGGCGACGAGAGUGUUUUGGCCGAGGAGGAGGUCCAGGCCGCGAUCGCGAGGGCGUAUGGGAGUGGCGGCGUGGAUGUCGAGAAUGUGAGGAGGGAGGCCGAGGCGUUUGUCAGGCAUGCUACCAGGGCGUUGGACGGGGGAGCGAGAUAG